CACCAACACUUACAGAGGCAACAAUGUACUCUCUUCAGAUUGUAACACUGUUCAUCAUCGUAUCUUAUAUACGAAGUCAUCCAACACAAUGCAGAGAACCAUCCACACUGCCCACGUUGAGCAAUGAUCUACUAACUCAAUCGGUGGCCAUUUUGCCUGGAGAAGAAGGGAUGAUUUUGAGAGGAUUAAACAGCGUCGAAGAUACUUUUAUCGACAUCACCCGACAAAAUAUUUCCAACCAUAGAAAUUCUGGAUUACAGUCUUGUUCUGUCCAAGCCACAUGUCAAUGGCAUUUUGUUAAGAAUAUUGAUCCUAACAGAAAACCAAAAACCAUCAUUGAGGCCCAGUGUAGCCACUCUUGUUGUAGAAGAAGUGAAAGCACUUGUUGUGACGUAAACAACGGGCCCGGAUGUACUCGCUGCCAGCCUAUCUAUUAUUAUGUUCACGUGUUGAGACGUACAGGAUGCGACACGGUUAGUAGAAGAUAUACAUAUGAAAACAAACUUGAGAAGGUCGUAGCCGGUUGUACCUGCAUUAGAAGUCCUAAUGUCCUUCGACCGAUCUUGCCAACCAUGCCGAUUUAAAUUUACUUA